AUCAGCCACCACCCUAUUCUCGCUUUCCUGAAGAAAGGAAAGAAAAAGAAAGUUAAGAAAACCAACAAUGGCCGUCACGACCGUCCUGACCGACCUCGCGCACUCGCUCGGCGAGCUGCUGUCCUCGGUGUUCGGCACCGCCUACGCGCUGGUGCACUCCUUCGUCGCCGACCUGUUCGGCUUGCUCGCCGGCUUCUUCGCCUUGGCCAACGACCUCGUCCGCGGCGUGGUCGAUCUGGUCGGCGGGGUGGGCCGGUUUGUCACUGGUGAGACCGCACCCCCCUCCCCUCCCCGUCCCCUUUUUUCUUUUCGGAAGUCAUUACAUAGCGUCGUUUUCCUUUUUUUUUUUUUUCUUCUUCCAUCCUUGAUUAUGUGAUUAGCGAACACUGACGCGCCGCGGCAGGCAACGUCGUCGUGCUGGGCGUCAUCGCCGCGGCCGGCUACUACGCAUACGCGCGCUUCGUCCAGCAGCCGCAGCAGCAGCAGGGGCGCGAGCCGGUGGGCGCGAGCGGCGCCGGGGCUGGAAAGAAGAAGGCGAACUGAGUUCGCUCGGAACCACAUGGACACGACACGGCACGGAUGGGUGGGCGCCCGGAUGGGUACAUGGCGUUGGGAGGGAAGGGUUGGAGCACUUGCGUUCGAGUUUUCACCAGCACACCGCGUACUGCCAUCUGCGGAUCGGAACUGUCAUUGAUCUAAAUACUGAACGGGGAGUAUCAACGCA